CAUUUUCUUUGUCGCUUUGUCGCGUUGUGGGGUAUUCUGAAUUCUGUGAUCAAAAACUUGUGAAUAAGCAUCGAAAAUGGAGAUGUCAUUAAAUCCCGUGCGUAUCCUCAAAAAUGAGGCGCAAGAGGAAAAAGCCGAAAUGGCGCGUCUGUCGUCAUUCAUUGGAGCUAUUGCCAUCGGUGAUCUUGUGAAAAGCACCCUGGGACCGAAAGGCAUGGACAAAAUUUUGGUGUCCACCGGACGUAAUGCCGGCCAAGUGGAGGUGACCAACGAUGGUGCCACAAUUUUGCGUGCUAUUGGCGUUGACAAUCCGGCUGCGAAAAUUCUUGUCGAUAUGUCGCGUGUCCAGGACGAAGAAGUUGGUGAUGGCACCACAUCCGUAACUGUGCUGGCAUCCGAACUAUUGCGCGAAGCCGAGAAGUUGGUUGAACAGAAGAUUCAUCCACAGAUCAUUGUAGCUGGUUGGCGUACAGCUACCCAAGUGGCUCUCGAGGCACUCACAGCCGCCGCUCAGGAUAAUUCUGCUAAUAAUGAGAAAUUCAAAAACGACUUGCUUAAUAUCGCACGCACCACAUUAUCUUCAAAGAUUCUGCAUCAGCAUAAGGAUUUCUUUGCCAAUCUAGCCGUCGAUGCAGUGCUGCGCCUAAAGGGCUCAGGUGAACUAAAGUCUAUUCAAAUUAUCAAAAAGUCCGGUGGUACAUUAGAUGAUUCGUUCCUUGAUGACGGCUUUCUGCUGGACAAAAAGCCCGGCGUGCACCAGCCACAGCGCAUUGAGAACGCAAAGAUUCUGAUUGCCAACACACCAAUGGACACGGAUAAAAUUAAAGUAUUUGGUAGCAGCAUCAAGGUCGACUCAUUGGCCAAGAUUGCUGAUCUGGAGAUGGCCGAAAAGGAGAAGAUGAAGGAGAAAGUUGACAAGAUUUUGACCCACAAAUGCAAUGUGUUCAUCAAUCGUCAGCUGAUCUAUAACUAUCCCGAGCAGCUGUUCGCUGAUGCUCAUGUGAUGGCCAUUGAACAUGCUGAUUUUGAUGGCAUUGAGCGUUUGGCCUACUGCACCGGCGGUGAGAUUGUGUCCACAUUCGAGAACCCUGCUCUGGUCAAGCUUGGUGAGUGUAAGCUCAUUGAGCAGGUAAUGAUCGGCGAGGAUACACUGUUGCGUUUUAGCGGUGUUAAGCUGGGUGAAGCCUGUACGGUUGUCAUUCGUGGCGCCACACAACAGAUACUGGACGAGGCUGAUCGUUCCCUACACGAUGCGCUCUGCGUGUUGGCAGCCACCGUCAAGGAGUCCCGCAUAAUUUAUGGCGGCGGCUGUUCCGAAGCUCUGAUGGCCAAUGCCGUCAUGAAGAAAGCAUCUGAAACACCCGGCAAGGAAGCAAUUGCCAUUGAGGCCUUUGCACGUGCACUGCUGUCACUGCCCACAGCUAUAGCCGAUAAUGCUGGAUUCGAUUCGGCUCAACUGAUCUCCGAGCUGCGCGCUGGCCAUGCUCAGGGCAAGCAUCAGCUGGGUCUGGAUAUGGAUGAGGGCAAAGUUGCCGAUGUACGCGCAUUGGGUAUCACAGAAUCUUUCGCCGUAAAGCGCCAAGUGCUGAUGUCUGCCGCUGAGGCAGCUGAAAUGAUCCUUCGUGUGGACGACAUCAUCAAAUGUGCACCUCGUCGUCGUGUACCCGACAGGGGCUAUUGCUAAACAUUGAUUCUUCUUAAGUAUUUUUGUCUAGGAUUUUUUUUAUUAAAACCUUAGAACUCUCGUUUAACAUCAUCGCUAAUUUUAUAUUUCUGUUUAAACUAAUAACCACACAAAGACACACAAACACAAAAAACACCUACACUCGUACGCAAUUGGCUUUUUCUAAAUUGUCUGUGAACAUUAUUUCAAAUCUGUUUUUGUUACACGAUUACUACUGUUGCGCAAGCUCAGCUUAUAACACUAUAGAGAGGAACGAACAAAAACAACUAAAAAACAAAAACACAUUUCAAAAAUGUCUAAAAUCAACAACAACAACUACAAGCAACUUGUAAAUGAAUACAAUUUUUGUAAACAUUUUAUGUGCGCAAAUUAAUGCGAAUCACAACAGCAAAGAAAACAAAAAACAAAAGAAUGAUAUUUAUGCUUAACAAAACUAAAA